GGGGGAGGUGGAGUGGGAGGCUAAUCCCGGAGACAGAAUCCCAUGCCCAGCACCGUCAGGGGGCAGAGAGCGCCCUGGGCAUGUAUGACGUGGUCAUCCUGGGAGCAGGUCUCAGCGGCCUCUCGGCCGCAAGGCUGCUCAGAGAGACGGGACUGAACGUUCUGGUGCUGGAAGCCAGGGACCGUGUUGGAGGACGUACCCUCACCGUCCAGAGCCCACAGUCCGGACGCACCGAUGUCGGGGGAGCGUAUGUGGGUCCCACCCAGACUCACAUCCUGCGGCUGGCGCAGGAGCUGGGCCUGGAGACCUACCCCGUGGACCAUACCCAAUCCAGCCUGCUGGAGCUUCAGGGCACGGUGCGGCCUUUCAGGGGCGUGAUCCCACCCGUCUACAACCCCAUUGGCCUGUUGGACCUCAGCAACACCAUGGCAACCGUCGACAAGAUGGCCUCCAAGAUCCCCCGGGAAUGUCCCUGGGAAUAUCCCGGUGCCCAGGAGCUGGACUCGAUAACAGCCAAGGAGCUGAUGGAGAGGAUCACGUGGACUGGGUCCACCCGCAAUCUCCUGAAGAUUUUUAUCCGCUCGGUGUUCUGUGUGGAGCCCCAUGAGAUUUCCGCUCUGUCUCUUCUCUGGGUGAUAACGUGUGGCAACGGAAUCGAAAGGAUCUCUAACAUUUCUGGAGGUGCCCAGGAGCGGAAGUUUGAGGCUGGAGCGCAGGCCAUCAGCGAAACGCUCUCGGAGCGGAUUGGGAAGGACCGGAUCCGGCUGGGAACGCCGGUGCUCAGGGUGGAACACGGCGCCGAACACGUGAGGGUCAUCAGCGAGGGCGGUCAGAGCUUCGAGGGACUCUACGCCAUCUCAGCCAUCCCUCACGCCAUCUUGCCAACGGUGCACUUCCAUCCCCCCUUGCCCACCCUGAAGAGGCUUCUGAUUAACCGAAUGCCGAUGGGCUCUGUCAUCAAAGUGGUCACCUUUUACAAGAGUGCCUUCUGGAAGGAGAAGGGCUUCAAUGGUUGCACCAUGUCCGACUCUGGAUGUGUGACCUUCAGCAUGGACGACACCAAACCAGACGGGAGUCACCCGGCCAUGAUGGGCUUCAUCCAGGCGGAGACGGCGCGGAGGAUGUGCCUGGAUACCCCGGAGCGGAGGAAGGCCAGUGUGUGCCAACAUUAUGCCCGAAUAUUUAAGAUGGAGGAGUUCUUGCACCCUGUGGACUACAUCGAGAAGAAUUGGACAGAGGAGGCCUACUCUGGUGGCUGUUACUCAAGUACCUUCGGCCCUGGGGUCCUCACCUCGUUUGGAGAGUAA